GCAAGGCCUCUGUUGAUCUCGUACCUGGCCUACUCUCAUGGCUGCACAUCAUGACUACAUUAUUAGACUCAUCUAGCUCGUCUGCGACGGUAAUUCUUGGGAAACGCAAGCGUCGCGACUCUCUCGUUAUACACCUACCCUCGCCUGCACCUAGUUGCGAGUACGACCCUGCCUACACUGAAUCUGAGUAUGAGCCUAGCCAAGCCUCCGACCAUCCAACUAAGGGCCCUAGUCGUGGGGAAGUCAAGGCGAAGCGCGACUAUGUGUGUACGUUCGAAGGGUGCACCAAAGCUUACACCAAGCCUUCGAGAUUAGCAGAGCAUGAACGUUCUCAUACAGGAAACCGUCCAUUUGUUUGCAGAGUGUGCAACAAGUCAUACCUACGCGAGACACAUCUCCAGGCACACGCUCGGAUACACCUGCCGAGCUCUGCGAAACCAUUCGCUUGUGAGGAGAAGGAUUGCAGUAAACGCUUCUGGACUUCGCAACACCUACGAGCACACAUAGAGCUACAUCGCGGAGAGAAGCCGUUCAAGUGUACUGAUGAGCACUGCGACGCGGCUUUCUCUAAACAUCACCAACUACGGGAGCAUAUCUGCACCAAACACUCUCCUCCUGGCACGAAGCCAUAUCGCUGCGAGCGCCCAGGUUGUACGAAGUCAUUCGCUACUAAUCAGAAGCUCACUACGCACAUGAGAACGCAUGAUGACAAACGAUAUACUUGUUCACAUGUAGCUUGUCUGCCUGCAGAAGGCACGGACCCGACGUACUACCCGACGUGGUCUACCUUGCAGCACCAUACACGUACUGUGCACCCACCGACAUGCCCUUACCCGUCCUGUAACGGCAAGACUUUCUCUCAGCAGAAGGGUCUUCGCGCGCAUCUGAAGAUUCAUGCACAAAGAGACCAGGAAGAUAAUCUUGGCAAUGCAGCCGGUUCCGAAGACGAAGACGAGGGCGAGCGGCCUCGGAAGCGGCGGCGUGGUGGAGAUGUCGGACGCGAUUGGGUGUGCGACGUAGACGACUGCGGUAAAGACUUCAAAUCGAAGAAGGCUCUGACAACCCACCAUAACAUUGCUCACCUUGGACGGCGCGACUUCAUCUGUCCUCACGAGCAUUGCAAGCGCGCGUUCGGGUAUAAGCACUUGCUUCAACGCCAUCUCGCCAAGCUUCAUGCACCCCAGAGCAGCUCUGAUGCAGAUGCUACACAUGAGGACGAGACCGAACAUGAGACUGAUGCUGGAAUCAACAUCGACUUCCUUACCGGCAAGGCGUACGCUUCACUUGCGCAGGAAUCCCUCAAACAGGCGAACAAGCUGCAGUGCCCUUUCCCUCACCUCCCUCGCCUGCUUUCUGAAAGCAUAGAUCAGACCCCUUCGAGUAGCAAGCCAGUGCCCGCGUGUCAAUACGUGUUUAGUCGUGCAUACGACUUGCGCCGCCACCUCCAGGCGGAACAUGAUGUCGAUGUCGAGCGAGAGAAGGUGGAUCAAUGGGUCAAGAGUGAGAAGGCGGCAAAGGCAGCAACGCAAUAG